CGGGGCAGACAUCCGGUGACGUGUUUGAUAUAGAAGUCGGUGUGUGAGCAGUGCUACGUGUCCCAGUGAUCAGAGGCCGGAGAGAAGACAGUGUCUGAGCAGCUACUCCAUUUUACACACGGCACCAUGGAUCAGGUAAUGCAGUUUGUUGAGCCCAGCCGCCAAUUUGUGAAAGAUUCCAUCAGACUUGUCAAGAGGUGUACUAAGCCAGACAGAAAAGAAUUCCAGAAGAUCGCAAUGGCAACUGCAAUUGGAUUUGCAAUUAUGGGAUUUAUUGGAUUCUUUGUAAAACUAAUUCACAUCCCCAUCAAUAAUAUUAUUGUUGGCAGCUAGACUUCUCGACUCAGGCAACCUCAAGGACUUUAAACUUCACCAUUGUGUUAACGAACAAGUUCUAGUGUUUUGUUCUAAUGUAUAUUUUUUAUUUGGCUUAAUUCAUGUAAUAAAACCUGUAAAAUAC